CCGCCAGUGCCGCCGGCGUUGUUGGUCAGGAGUCGCUGGCUGAAAAGGCUGAAACGAGGACGACUAACCUAAACCAGGCUUUUCACGUGACAUUAUAUUAUGUAAUUAAGAUUAUGUACUUUGAGUUAUGUAAUAAAAUAAUUAGGGGUGAUAAUAAAGUGAAGGUCCAGACCGCCAAGGCACAUGACCCUUGCCAGUUAAGGCCACGCUUUGGGCGACCAUCUCGAAAACUCCGUCUUCACGCCCCGAGACAGUGUCGACUCCCUGUGGCUGCACAUUUGUGUUUCUUGAGUUUGCCUUGCUGCCUUGCUUUGCGAAAACCUGGACCUGGCUUUAUUGGAAAGCCCUGUCCUACUUAAUGAAGGUCGGAAACAUGGCCUCCGGGCUCUUCGAGAGGCUGAGGCAUUACUAUCAUGGUGACAAAGGUACGUGGCGGUAGAAGACCGAAGAGGGAGGAGGAUCCGGUAGCGGGUUGCUUUAGAGUAUACAGACGAUGUUCUGAUAAUAGAAUCAAGAACCCGAGCCUCUUAUUUCCGUGACCACUGCUGUCUGGUGUUCGGUACGUAUGCAAUGUAAAUUUGAUAGACCACGUAUGUUUCGAUUCGAGGCAGGGGAAUGUGCUAACUGCUAUCAAUAGAUACUAUGCACAGUUUUAUAUGUUGCUCCAUUGUAUAUCUCCAAGGCGACUCGGCCAGGGCCAACCUUGAGCCGUGAUGCGCCGUCACUGAUCAAAGCCCGUAUCCGAGCCGUGAUGGUGUCAUGUCUUUGCUGCAGCGUGGCCACAUUUUAUUUCAUCGUCCAUAGUGGAAGGAGUACUCCGCUACAAGCCCUUCAACUCCUGGGGUGGUGGCCAAUUGGGCUGCCAGAAAUCGGAAAGAGUUUUUUGCUCACAACCUUGUUGUUCAUGGGUCCGUUAUUUGAAAUGGGGAUUGCCGAAGGUAGAUGGAGGAAUUGGGUUAGAGGAAAAACACUGGUCCAAACUCUUCGUUCCUGGACAGGAUGGAGAAACUACGUUGCUGGCCCCAUAACUGAGGAAAUAACUUUCCGGUCUAUCAUCAUCGUAAUUAAUCUGAUGGCAAAGAUGUCCCCAGGCCGAAUUGUGUUUCUGACUCCCCUAUAUUUCGGUAUUGCGCAUAUUAACCAUUUCUAUGAAACUAAGCUAGCGCAGCCGGACACUCCACUUCUCCCAGUUCUGGUCCGUUCGCUCUUCCAGUUCACUUAUACUACCAUAUUUGGAUGGUAUGCCACCUUUCUCUACCUGAGGACUGGCUCCCUUCUAGCCGUUAUGCUAGUGCAUUCAUUAUGCAAUUACUGCGGUCUACUUCGUCUAUGGGGCCGUGUUGAGACAUCAAUCCCGAUCGAGAGCACUCUGAUCAGGGCUGCCAAAUUCGACGAGGACGAGAACAUAUUUGGCAGGGUAGAUGAGGCAACUGGAAUUGGCUGGAGUGUGGCGUACUACAUCCUUCUGUUUGCUGGGGUGGGAUUAUUCUAUUAUCAGUUUUGGCCGCUGACGGAAUCUUCAAAGGCGUUGGUGUCGUUUUCGUCUAAAAUGCAUUAAGAGAUGGACAGACUGGGGUAUAGGACUGAUGGAGCAUCUUGAGCGCUUCUAAUUAUUACUUUGUAAUAUGCUGAUUUUCUUCUCUUUAAGAAGUGUGUUUUUUCUAAUGGAAGUAUUCUUGAGGCCUUGCUUUCAUAUUGAUGCGGUAGUUAACGCCGAAAAC